AUGGCCAACAUGGUCGUCAGCGUUUUCGAGGGGUUUCGGGCCGGUCUUGCACUCUCCGACAUUGACAACGACGGUGACCUUGACUGUGUAACGACUACGCAACAGGAUUACGAUGCCAGCGUGCCAAGUGUAACAUACGUUUGGCAUCUCCAGGCCCUAAACGGACACGAAGCGCGAAAUAUUUACUUCUAUGUCCGACCCGGCGAUGGCCCUGGCCAGAUCCUCUUCAAGGACAAUGUUGAUGGGCCUCUUCAAGAGGGUACAGUGUUAUACUCUGACUACAAGGACUGCGUUGUGCUGGAUUUGCCUUACGGAAAUUAUCAAGAAUGCAUGUUGUGGAUAUCUUGGGAAGCAAAGAACAACGUUCCUCAGCGAUGUACAGACGAAUAUGAAGACAAGUGCGAAGACGCUAAAGAAGCAUUUGAUGAUGAGACUUGUAGCCCUUUUUUGAAAGUCAGUUGAUCAUAGGAUUGUUAUAACAAUGACACAUGAAGAUUAUUCAUUGCACUACAGCACGUCGCUUGGUUAAUCUGUCCAAAAUAGGUUUCUCACGCUUUCAUUGCGUCUAGCAAAGUGCGCUAAAAUACCAACUAUAAGCACAAUCUUGAUUGAUCCUGUGGAGCAAACUUUUGAAGCUUACAAUAAUAAAAUCGCGGCUGA